AUGGCGAUUACUCUGCCGUCAAAGGAUUACACAAGACAAGCCUGUGAGUCUAAGACGGUGCUUUGCGGUGUAGCAAUUUUGCACAAAUUAAUGGCAAAAUCGAGAGAAGCAAAAGCAAUAGAGAUUGCUACGACCAAGAUGAAAAACUGA